AUGGCAGCACCAUUUUCAACGGAUCCACCGUCCAUGUUGGCCAAUUCCAACGCUGUAUUCUGCCCAGCACCCCAAACAACAAACGGCCAGACAGUACCUUAUGCGGGCAACUAUCAUUUGUCUCAAGCUCAAUACCCAACCAACCACGACAUGUUUGCCCCGCAAAACCCAAUGCCCUUUAGCACUCAAUCCCUCUCAUUCAGCGCGCCGCCAGCUUACGGGACUCCUUUUGUUCAUAUUGGGUCUGCUCCUGCCAUUGGCUUCAGCUCCCUUCCCAUCUAUACUGCUCCAUCUGCUCCGAUGCACCCCAGCCAACCAUUUCAACAGCACUUGGUGCCAAAUAACCUCCAGGGCAAAUCUAUUAGUGUUUUAGAUAUCUCCUCCAACAGUCGUAGUGAUCACAAUGAAACCGACAUGUUGGAUUCGAAUUUCUCUUCCCCAUCGCGCAACCCAACUCCCCCCCCCGAAGGUCUGUUCCUCAGUGUGGUCCCUUUUGAGACGAUUGAACCGUACAUGGUCGAUAUAACCGAAGAUCCCCCCGCCAUCACUCUAGACUUUUUCCAAAGAGACCUCUACUGCCACCUCGAUGGACGCGAGAAGCUCUGGUACCUCUGUGACCGUCUGCACAAACAAAGACAACUUUACUGGGUUGUCUUCAUCGCAAACUCUAGGAAGUAUUCUAAGAAGGCUCACAUCAUCUUACGAACCGAUUCAGACCUCCUUGAUUGGCUCAAGGAGGCCAAGAGGCUUUGA